CACACACUCACACCUACAACACACAGCGCAAAAUGUUGCAAGAACCAAAAUUCCAAAUGCUAAUUGUUUUCGUAUAAUUUUUCUUUCCCAAAAAAAACGUCUCUCUCAACGCCUCCCAGAGAAAAAAGUUGAAUAAGAUCUAAAAAAAAACAAAAAACAAACGCCUGCUGCUUGUUGCCAAAAGACGACGAGGAAGAGAAAGAAGAACAGCUGCAUCCCCCCAUAACACAAUCCCGGAGAGAACAAGCGUGAGAGGCAGAGAGAGAGAGAGAGACAAAAUAUGGUUACCCCACAGUCGCCGACUCCAAUGUUCAAUGGACUGGACGAUGAUCUCUAUACGGAUGCAAAAUUCGCCCAUGAGAUCAAUGACAAAAUGCGUGUACCGAAACGUAUAAAGGCCACCGGUGAAUAUUCCGAUGAAGAUCUCUUGCUAUCGAAUCAAAAUGGUUUAAUUCACUCCUGGAAUUAUCAUGAUAAAAUCGAUAUGAAUGUACCCGAACGUAUUGUCGUCCUGGGGCACAAUCAACACUUGGAAACGCGUUCGGCUCCACGUGAGAUUCAAUUGGAGAACUCCAUAUUACCCAAAAAUCCACCUUCUGCGGGCUAUGCACGAGUACAGACACCACCGCGUGUCAUCACACUGACGGAUCAUCAUUUCCCAUCUGCAUCGGAGGAGAAUUCCCCACUAUCUCGACCCAGAUACCAUCACAAUGACAAUGACGAUGAUGAGGAUGAUGAAUUACAUGCCACACAAUAUGUAAGAGCCAAUGGUCAUGCCCGCAUGGGUUUCCAUACCAAUAACGAUGCCAAUUCAGUUGAAUCCGAUUCACAGCUUACCACGGGCAGUGCCAGCAAACGUUCGCAGCUUCCGCAACAUCAACAACAUCAGACGCAAUACAAUCUGGACUCUUCCCUUCUGGCCCAACGUGAAGGCACACCCAUGGGCGAGCUGACACCCCACGAGGAGAUCUUGUACUUACGUCGCCAAUUGGCCAAACUGAAUCGCCGAGUCCUUAAUAUCGAGAUCAAUAAUGAGCAACGUGUUCAGCGUGAAAAGAUUGUCUAUUGCCUGGGCUUGGCAUAUUUUGUUCUAAAGACCAUAUUCUGGUUGAAUCGCAACUAAAAAUUAUAAAAGACCGACGCGGGGGGGCAACACAUGAUCAUCAUCAACA